AUGCUUGCUGAAUGCUUGCCCUGAAGCCUAAUGGGCGCCACACACGGGAGGCGACACCUCCUUGAUUCCAUUCAUUUUCAAUGGAACCUGUCACCAUCCAGCCAAUCGACACGAGAAAUGAGUGCGUGUGAAAGUUUGUGCUCGUGCGUGUCAUGUAACGCGUGUCUUGAGACACAAUCCUAGAAAGUUGAAGAAUUUUCAACUUUUCAUCGCUGGCGCCCAGACAAGGACCAAUCAGCGGGAGGAUGAAGCGGAAUAGAAAAUGGAUGGAUGGAGUAUAGAGAUAUACUGUAAAGAAAAAAGCAGCAGCUUGGGAACUCGUUGACGCCAGAGUGAACAUAUCAGAGUGGACAAAUCUGGCAAUGUUGCCAUGUCGUUGCCGUGUACACAAGCAAACAACUACUUCCUGAAAAUGAUGUCACCACACCUUCACUACCCCAUCGUCAUGACCAGAAAAGCAAUUCCCCUUCGUCGUAAGUCUAUACAAGUCAGCCAAGCGAAAGACGACGGACUUUAUGCACGUGUUCUUUCUUCUUCGAUAGUGUUGGUGUCACAUGGUUCUUUUUGCGUGUCCGUUUACAGCUUCACAGGCUGAGCUGGAGCUUAUCCCAGCUGACUUUGGGCAAAAGGUAGACGACACCCUGGACUGCGGGACCUCAAGAGGGACAACAAAACCUUUUGACCUUGGACUGCCUUUGAAACUGUAGAAUUUGCAAUAAGCGUCAUGAAGGCAACCUCAGCCCACGUGACAGCAAGCUGUCCGGCUGUGUGUGAGUGCCCUGCGGAGUCCUCGAUAUGCCCACCGGGAAUUAGCGCUGUACCAGACGGAUGUGGGUGUUGCAAAGUGUGCGCUGCACAGCUUAAUCAAGACUGCAGUCCCAUGAAACCCUGUGACCAUCACAAAGGCCUGGAGUGCAAUUAUGGCAACGAUGUGACCGUGGCCUGGGGUGUCUGUCGGGCCAAAUCAGAAGGACGCACGUGCGAGUACAGCGGCAGGAUCUACCAGAAUGGUGAGAGCUUCCGUGUGAGAUGUAAGCACCAGUGUACCUGCAUAGAUGGCGCUGUGGGCUGUGCACCCCUCUGUGAUUACAAGAUGCCUCCGGCCUCGCCAUCCUGCCCGUUCCCACAGUUGGUCAGGAUGCCUGGCCAGUGCUGCUUCACUGUGAACUGCCACAAAGGCACCUGGGGCCUUCCUCCUAAACAUCACAAACAGAUGCCCUUUCCAAAAAGACACCAAUCCAAACUGGAGCGUCAUCCUGCCCUUCGACCUCAUGAAAACGAGCCCCUCGUGAAGAAUGACAUUGCCCCUCUCCAGACGAAUGGCUGGGAAGGUGAACGAGGCUACAAUCAUCUGCCUGUGUGGGACCCCCAGAAGAAGUGUCCCAUCCUCACCACUGACUGGUCCCAGUGCUCACGCAGCUGCGGGAUGGGCAUUUCCUCUCGCCUCUCCAACAAGAAUCCUCAGUGCAGGCUGGAAAGAGAGACGAGGCUCUGUACGGUGCGGCCAUGCAGCGUCAUGACUUUUCCCAGCAAGUCACAGAGAGGCAAGAGAUGCUCCACCACCCAAAAAGCCCCGACACCCCUGCGCCUGUCCUUUGGGGAGUGUGUGAGUGUGCGCCUCUACCGUCCCAACUCCUGCAACGUGUGUUCGGAUGGACGCUGCUGCUCGCCACACCGCACACGCACCGUGGCCGUGACCUUCGCCUGCCCUGAUGGCCAGCGAUUCCAGAGGUCAACCAUGUUCAUUCAAUCAUGCAAAUGCAGCGUGGAGGACUGUGGCCUACUGAACGACGUGGCCCUCCCGCCACAACACUGGAUGUACGGUGACACACACAAAUUCAUAGAUUAAUGUGUGACUUUCUGUUGCACUUUUAUUGCAAUGAAAGGAUGACUGAGGAAGACGACGAGCCAGUUUUUAGGGGUUUUUUUCUCAUCUGGCUCUAAGUGAGUAAAGACCACAUAAUACACCCACCUGCCAACAAGCAGGAAGCCCCCCUGGUUGUAUUGCGUGUGGCCCAGGGGUGCCCUUGUUCAGACGUGGGAGCUAAAUUAAAGCCCUGAAACACUCACUUCCCUCACCUCACGUUAGAAUUGCUUAUUCUGGUGUGAGUAUUUUGAGACCUUGCUGGAAGCCUGCAUGAAGAAAGACACACUUUGAGAGCAGUAAAGCACUUUGAAGACUUUAACCGCAAUGCAAAAGGACCUUUUGACAUGUUGGCCACAAUUCAAGUCUUGAAAUCAUAUCCCAUGAUGCACUGAUGCUACUUGACAAGCUGCAAAAUAACUUUUGAGGCUUUUAUUGGGAAAAAUGACGUCGGCACGGCAGUUUAAAGCACAGACUGCAGUAGUUUUUGUUUUGUUUUGCAUUUUGAUAAGCGGUCAUGUUGACACAGCACUGAGUGACGUCACUCCAGCUAAUGAUGGAAAGUGCAACGCAGGAAGUGAACAAACGAGGAGUGGGCAGAAGCCAACUCUCAAAGAUGAUUAUGAAUUAAUUGGAGCAAGAUGAUAAUUUUGAAUAAAUGUCAUUUCUUUUUAUUGGAUUACACUUCAGUUCCCCUUUUGUAUCUUGAACUGCAGAUUUAUUAGAAAUGUGUUGGGCCCACAGCUGAAGUUUCUAGUUAAAUGUUUUAUUGAUUUUACUUAGAUCAGGGAUUUUCAGUGUUUCCCUUAGAAUGUGUAGCAGUUUGAGCAAAAUAAAGAAACACAUAUUUCCAAACCUGCAAACUUCAGUUACUUCAAUGGCUAAAUUAAUUGGGGGGUUUUGUACGUCACGAGUAAACAGUCUGGGGUGAGCAGAAAACGCCACAAAAUAUGCAGAAAGUCAGUUUUUCGGAAUGUAGGGGAGGCCUCAGCACCUGCCUUAACAACAAACCGUUGAGUAAAUGCCGCCCUCUGCUGGCGAGAAUAAGCAUUUACUGUGACAAUUUUAAUUAGGUGUUCUCACGCUUUAUUGCCUCUCGCCCGAAGACAGCUGGGAUAGCCUCCAGCAUACCCCCGUGACCCUAAUGAGGAGAAGCGGCAUAGAAAAUGGAUGGAUGGAUGGACACUUUACUCCAGUUUCCUCCCACAUUCCAAAAACAUGCAUGUUAGUUUAAUUGGUGACUCUAAAUUGUCCAUAGGUAUG